GGAGACUGCAGUUUGCCUCUGUCGUCAGCAGCUUCGUCUGCACACCACCGUGUCAGCAUGGCGGCAGAGAAAAACCAAACUUCGGGAGACCAAAAUUCGGACGUUUUACCGCAAGAGGGGACGGAGGACGAGCAAAACAAGGUGGUUCUGACCCUAGAGAUCCUGCAGACGAUAAAAGAUGCGCAGCAAACCCACGGACUGAGGCAUGGGGACUACCAACGCUACAGGGGAUAUUGCGCCCGCCGUCUGCGGAGGCUUAGGAAGGGGCUCCACUUCACGUGCGGAAAUCGACACAAGUUCCAGCGGAAGCCAAUCACAGAGGAGCUCCUGUCAGAGCAGCGGUUCCUCCUGAUGCCCCUGAUGGAGGCUGAGAGGGCCUGGAGCUAUGCUAUGCAGUUGAAACAAGAAGCGAACACAGAACACAGGAAACAGUUCCACAUGGUGAGCCGUAUGAAGAAAGCUGCCGGACACGCCGCAACACUGGCCAGGCUAUGUGACUCUGACAAGGUUGAUGCGAGGACCAAGCUGGAAGCCCAGGCCUACAGUGCGUGGAUGCAGGGGUCACUAGAGUUCGAGGUCCAGCUCUGGGAGGCCGCGCUUAACCACUUCAACGAAGCCAAGACGAUCUACGAGAAACUGAGCAGCGCCCUGCCGGAGGACGCGAGGAUGGUGUACGACCUCAGGGUGGAGGACAUCAAGCCCAGUAUACGAUAUUGCGCGUACAACAUCGGAGACCAGUCCGCCAUGGAGGACCUGCUACAGAUGAGGGUCAAGUCAGGAGCACAGGGCAUGCUGGGAGAUAAGCUGGAUGAGCUGGUUGCCCAGACGAGGGAGAAGCAGGCAGCGACCAUCAGUGAGGUCACCUGGCAGGGCAGGACUGUGUCUGUCAAACAGGAACAGGUGCGACUGUUCCUGUUGAGUUACCAGGAGAGUUCCACAGACCUCCAGGCUGCACCUGACACCAACAGUAAACUGGAGGUGUAUGAGAAGCUACUGAUGGACUGCAAGGAUGCCAUGCAGGUUCUACGCGGAGAGCUGCGUGAGGACCCGUCAGCCCGUGCUGCGCAGGCGGAGGGGAAGACAUCCCAGCUGGCCCACCUGCUGACGUACCUGACCUACAUCCGUAACACGAUCACCAUCCAGCGUAACCUCCUCAUGGCAGACACGGUCAAGGCCUCGCUCAGUCCUGGUGCAGCUGUGGACGGCCGGCGGGCAGCAAAACCACAGGACCUGGUACGACUCUACGACAUCAUCCUCCAGAACGUGGAGGAGCUACGACAACUCCCCGGUAUCCAGGACGACGCAACGAUGGCGCAAAACCUCGAAGCUCAGAGCGACGCCUGCAAAGCCUACCGUAGUUUCUACAUCGCUAAGUCGUACGCCGUCAGCCAAAAGUGGAAGGAAGCGGUGGCGUUGUACGACCAGGCUCUCGUGCAGGGGAAGACGGCGCUCGGGUUGUACGCAAGUCUACCGGAUUCCGCCGACAGAAUAGCCGAGCUGGAGGGACUGGUGGCGGAAGUUCACGCCAACAAAUCGUCUUCUCACGCCUCAUGUAUUCUGGACUCGCCGACCUCACCGGACGAACAGGACUUAACGCUAAACGACACCGGCGCCAAUAUGGUCACCUUCCCGCCCAACUUCCAACCAAUCCCCUGCAAGCCGCUCUUCUUCGAUCUGGCGCUAAAUCACGUGGAGUUCCCGUCGUUACAGGACCGACUCGCCGAGCAGAAAAAGGGCGGGGGGAUAGCAAAUAUGGUCAAAGGAUGGUUCUGGGGAGGGGGUAAUAAAUAAGGGGGGUCUAAAAAUAAAGGGGGGUAGAAAUAAAAGGUCACCAUGUUAUUUGUCCACAUCUAAUAAUUUGGCUGAAACAAAUUUACUGGAAUGAUUUUGGAGAUUGAAAAAGUAAGGACAGUGAAUUGCCUGACAUCAUUUAUAAUCUUCACGUCCAGUAUGAAGGACAUGGAAACAAAUUUGCCAGUGACAAAAGGAAAGAUGUACCAUUUCCUUUUUCAUGUAGAGUGGCAAGAACCUCAUUUGUGGUCCGAAGACAGAUAGAGCAUUUAUAAACAUUGUUGUAUUGCUACAGAAACAGCCUUAGCAACCCAUUCUCAGGGACCAUCAUGGCCCAACAGACUAUCUACAUGCACAAAGUCUUACCAGUGUAGAGGUUUGUCAAUUAAAAUGUACCAGAAAAUGUAUACUGUAAUUCUCAAACGUAUGUCCAUUAUUUCCAAGACCUGUCAAAUAAUUUUUCUUAUUUAACAUAAACUAUGUUAUAAACUGAUUUUGUAAGCUCAAAUCAUUUGGAAAAAUUAUGUUAUGGGCCCUUCAAAUUCAAAGCCCAUUUUUAGUACUAGUAUACUACCGUCCAUGCAAGGAUAAAAGAUAAAAGAUGUAUGUAAGAAGCGAUCCAUUCCCUGCUUUGAUAUGCGAAGGUACACGGAUAACAAUAUGGGGUUCAAUUGUUGUUUUUUUGUAAUUAUGUAAUAAUGUUACAGUAAUGAAAGCAGAAAGCAAGCAAUGAAACACAUUUAAUCUGAUAUAUGCCUAUGUAGAGUUAUGAAUUCAUUUUGAAAUGUUAUCAAAACAUUUUUCAUGCCAAUAAAAGGUGUAUAAUUGGCA